UUGCCGGCUGCUGGCAGCUUUGGGAGGAAGGCCUUUUGCAUGCACUCAGGUUGAAGAGCCUCAAAUGGCAGGGCUAUGAUCUGGCAGUGGAGGAAGGGCUACGACGGGUGUCCUUUGUUCUCAGAAGUACAUUAGCAAAAAUAAUAUAAACAAAGAGAGUAAAGGGAUCUAUCUAGGAGAAGGAAGCAGCGGCGCCGGGAAGAGCAGCUACACAGCAUACAGCAGCCUCUGGCUGGAGCACAUCACCACUGGGUGCAGCUCUGUCUCUUUGUCCAGGUAGCUUGUCCUGACUGCCUCCAUCCGAGUGCAGGCGUACGCUCCCGGGAGGCGGUGGAAGCUCUCAGGCUGGCCCUAAUGCUUGAUGUUUGCAUUACCGUGGAAAAUGCAAAACAACGAAGUGUUGAAACCAGCUAAGUACUUUUCAGAGCUGGAGAAGAAUGUCCUGUUGGCCCUGGUGGAAAAGUACAAGUAUGUGCUGGAGUGUAAGAAAAGUGAUGCUCGAACUAUUGCUCUAAAACAGCGCACAUGGCAAGCGCUAGCCCAUGAGUACAAUUCUCAACCUAGUGUUUCUCUAAGGGAUUUCAAACAACUAAAAAAAUGCUGGGAGAAUAUCAAGGCAAGGACCAGAAAGAUAAUGGCCCACGAAAGAAGGGAAAAAGUGAUGCGUUGUGGGCUUGCUUCCAAUAGCCUAAAAGAGAAGGUGGCAAGUAUGAUUCCAGAGCAGAUCUACUAUGUACAGACACCAUCUGAGGAGGACACUCCAUACAAUCAUGACUCUUCCAAUCCAGAAAUGGACUGCAAGAAAGUUAAUCUUUUAGAUCUGGAACUGCUUAUUGAUGAACAGGGCAAGAUCCAGACCAAACCAUAUCACAAAGCACCUGAAACAGAUUCAUUGUGUGGUGAGGGCUCACCUUCCAGUUCUGUAGAAAAAGCACAUACUGGGAUUCCUGUCACCAAGAGAAAAGGCUAUUGGGAAAGAGGAGACAGAUUCAGAUGUAAAAAAACAUUCCAUAAAGGAGACUUGGAAAUUCUCAUUGAUGAACAAGGCAAGAUCCAGACUGAACCAAUGAGGAACAUGUCUGUGUCAGACUCUGUAUGUGUGGAGAGAUCCUCCCCCAACAGUAUAAAAAAAGAUUCUUUUUUACUAGAGUCAUUUGUCAUCCCGGACAGAGACAUAUACACAGAAAAGUCUUUAGGGAACAUGCAGAAGUGUCAAGGUAAUCUGCCAUCACCCUCCUGCUCGUCUAGCAGAAUAACUGCUAACAGGAACUACAGGAGCAAACCUUCCCAGAAUGGCAUUCUAACAAAGAUGCAUGAGGAGGAGCAUCACCAGCAGAUGUCUAUCCUCCAGCUUCAAUUAAUUCAGAUGAAUGAGGUGCACGUGGCUAAAGUGCAGCAGAUAGAGCGUGAAUGUGAAAUGGCUGAGGUUGAACACCGGAUAAAGAUGGAGAUCUUGAACAAAAAGAAAAUGUACUGGGAGAGGAAAUUGCAAACAAUCACAAAGGAGUGGCCAGUAGCAUCAUUCAACAGACCUUUUCCAAACUCGCCAUGAAUUUUAACUUGGCGCUGAUAACGGUGCAAAGAUACUUGGAAAACACUGGUAGAGUACUGUAGAGGCUCUACCAACACUAUAAACAAUAAGUAGGCCCAAACACUGGCAACAGUUUCUGUGUAGAAAAAAUAGUUACAGACAAAUAAAAAAUGAAAAACUAAAAUAAAAAAUAAAGAGGAAGAGAAAACUGAUUAGUAUAUGGAAGGGGCUGGUAUUGGGAGCAAUGUGUUUUGUCUUUUAGUAGUAAUAAAAAAAAAAAAACAACAAAAAACAAAAUGCAUCCAGCCUACUUCCUGCUGACUACAUAAGCUGUAUACUCUGGUCCUUUUUUCCCCGCAAACUGUAACUUUUUUUUUUUUUUUUUUAAUCAGAAUUUUUUUAUUUGUAUCACUUAUUUUACUGACAUGAUGUUCACUUUUUAUUAUUUGUAUAUAUAUUGCCUAAUGUUGGCUUUCUGGAUUUGUUUGGUACAUUUUUGGGUAAUACAUGGAUAAAUUGUAUCCAUUUAUAAAUCUAUGGGAUUGUGUGAUGAUUCGCUACUAAAAGACCACAUGUAUUCUGGAAGAGACCAAACCAAUCCUUUAGUGGGAGUGUUAUUAAACAAUUGAACAUGUUGAACACGUAGAGUGACACAGAAUGUUUAAUUUCACCAAUUCAUAACAAUGUUUACAUAAUCCUCCAAUGUAAUGAUUCUAAGGUUUUCCAGGUAUUGAAGAGGCCAAAGGUACAAAAACCAUUGUGUCUUAUUUAUAUCACAUAACCGAACUGAUAAAUCAGGGUUCCUAUGAAACUUUGUUAGACCUGUCUAUAAAGCACAAAGGAAGAUGAGUACGGUGCUCUCCUGAGGUUACAAUAAGCUUACAACUUCUCCUUACUCAUCUGUUAGAAACCGUAUUUGUGUGAUUUGACAUUAGAAAAAUGUGUUGUAAAACUUAACAGUGGUCUGGCUUUCAUUUUCUACACACUUCUUCUUAGUAUACCAACACAUAGGACUUAUGUGGCCACUUAUGUCACUAUAUGUUUGCCUAACUGAGGAGAGAUGCAUUUCUUCCAAAGAAUGACAAAAGUAAACAAACAAUAUUGAAAAUAUUAAUAUUGGUAAAAGUAAUGUUAAGAGUAGAAAUUAUGAUUAUGGGCUACGAAAAUCCAAAUACAGCUUUAGACUGUUCUGUGGGGAAGAAUUUGGUUUGUUUAGUGUGUAAAAAGUGUAGUCAGUCCCCAGUUUAGAGUUAACUGUAUUGCUCAAAUGAAAAUAUUAAAUCCUCGUUUGUAAGUGAAAAUAAACUAUCAUUUCAGAUGUA